UCCGGGCACAUGUCCCCGGGUGGACCAGGAGGGCAGAGGCGCCGAGCGAGAGAGCCGCACCUGCCGGGCUCUGCGAGCCAAGGAUGUGUCCCCGAAGAGGAAAGGGGCUAAGGGGCCCUGCCGGGCUGCUCCUCGGCCUGGCCUGGCUGCUCCUGCCCCCGAGCGCCGCCUCCCCCUGCCUGGAGCAGUGCCGGUGCUACAUGAACGCCUUGUUCUGCCAGGAGCCCAACGCCAUCCAGAGCCUGGCGCAGCUGCGCGGCUUGGAGAACUUCACGGAAAUAGUCAUUGAGAAUCAGACUGCCCUGACAAACCUGACUCUGGAUGACAUGAAGAACCCUCGAGAGUUGAAGAAUCUAACCAUCUCAAAGACUCAGCUGCAGUUCAUUGCACCAGACGCCUUCAGAGGCAGCCCGAAUCUGACACACGUGAACCUCGCCUUCAACCAGCUGCGGUUCCUCUCCUGGAAGCUCUUCCACCACCUCCGUCUCCAGGAGCUAGUCCUUGUGGGGAACCCCCUCCAGUGCACCUGUCAGCUCCGGUGGCUGCAGUUGUGGCAGGAAAGCCGGCAGGUCGAGGUGCCAGGCAACCAGUCCUUUCACUGCAUGGCAGAAGGCGAGAACAGUAUGAUACCUGUGGCUGACAUGAGCGUUGUGGCCUGUGACAUCCCAAGGGUCAAGAUUGAGUACAACCAGGACCCAGUGGGAGAGGGCGAGAGUGUCAACCUGACAUGCAGUUUCACAGGAGAGCCACGGCCAGAUGUACACUGGAAGGUUCCGGACGUUGGGUCUGAUCCUCACCCCAUCAUCACUGAGAAGUCGGAGUCUGAACUCCUGCUGCAGAUCCUGAACGUCUCUUCUGACUUCAACCUCCAAAAUAUCACAUGCCAGGCAGAGAACGAGGCAGGAGUCGGCGAGGACACGGCCCAGCUGAAUGUGACAUUUCCUGCUGUGAUCCAUGAGGUGGGCACAGUUGUGCAUUUGCACCACCCAUGCAUCCCCUUCUCGGUGGACGGCAACCCCAGUCCCGAGAUCCGCUGGCAGUUUAACUCCGUCGAUGUGGAGGAGAAUGAUUUAGUUCGCACUGAUCUCUUCCGUGACGGGUACCACAACUCCACGGUGGUGCAUGGCUGCCUGAGCUUCAACAAGCCCACUCACCUCAAAAACGGCAACUACACUUUGCUGGUGCACAACCCUCUGGGCACAGAUGCCCUCACCACCUCCCAGCACUUCAUGGAUGCCCCUGAUGAGAGCUUCCGUCCAGAGGAGCCCAUCCAUGGAACAGGUGACAGGAACAACACUGAGCAAGGAGGGCCCGUGGAGACCUCAGAGGAACACACCGUUGGGAUCUCUGUGGCUGUGGUCUUGGCAGUAUGUGCCUGCAUCUUCCUCUCUGUCAUGCUGAUCAUCCUCAACAAGUGUGGACAACACUCCAAGUUUGGAAUUAACCGGUCAGCUGUGUUGGCACAAGAGGACGACCUGGCCAUGUCCCUGCAGUUCAUGAACUGGGGCAGUACCCCCCUUUCCUCAGCAGAGAGCAAGCUGGAUGCCCUCAAGACAAACUUCAUUGAGAACCCCCAGUACUUCUGCAACACAUGCGUCCACCACAUCAAGCGCAGGGACAUCGUCCUCAAAUGGGAGCUGGGGGAGGGAGCCUUUGGCAAAGUCUUCCUGGCCGAGUGCUACAACCUCAGCCCUGCACAGGAGACGAUGCUGGUGGCUGUCAAGACCCUGAAGGAAGCAACAGAGAACACCCGCUUGGAUUUCCAGCGUGAGGCAGAGCUCUUGACAGUCUUGCAGCACGAGCACAUUGUCAAGUUCUAUGGAGUCUGCACCGACAGCGAACCCCUCGUCAUGGUCUUUGAGUACAUGAAGCAUGGAGACCUCAAUCGCUUCCUCAGGUCCCACGGACCAGAUGCCAAGAUACUGGAUAAUGGCAAUGGCCAGCCCUUUGGCCAGCUGAACCUCAGCCAGAUGCUGCAAGUGGCCACGCAGAUUGCCUCCGGGAUGGUCUACCUGUCCUCCCUGCACUUCGUCCACCGGGACUUGGCAACCCGGAACUGCCUGGUGGGGCACAACCUGGUGGUGAAGAUCGGGGACUUUGGCAUGUCCAGGGACAUCUACAGCACUGACUACUAUCGGGUGGGGGGGCGGACAAUGCUCCCCAUCCGAUGGAUGCCGCCAGAGAGCAUUCUGUAUCGGAAGUUCACAACAGAGAGCGACCUCUGGAGCUUCGGGGUGGUCCUCUGGGAGAUCUUCACCUACGGGAAGCAGCCCUGGUACCAGCUUUCCAACACGGAGGCUAUUGAAUGCAUCACCCAGGGGCGGGAGCUGGAGAGGCCCCGGACGUGUCCCUCGGAGGUCUAUGACAUCAUGCAGAGCUGCUGGCAGAGGGAGCCCCAGCAGCGGCAGAACAUGAAGGUUGUCCACAGCAGGCUGCAAGCCCUCAUGAAGGCCCCCCCUGUCUACCUGGACGUCCUCAGCUAAGGCUGAGGCAGGGCGGGAGGAGAGGGAGGGGGAACCAGCCUCUCCCCUCCACUUGUGCUCCGUGAACACCAGGGACCCCACUGCCGUAGCUGGUGCCGGUGAAAACACUACACAACUCCUCCCCUGCUAUUCGCACCUGCAACCUGGUGGAAGACAGGAAGGGGAGGAGUAGAUUCUGUGUCUUUGUCUGGGGAGACCCUGAAAUGUCUGCGAAAGCAACUCCCUGAAGUCAAGAAUUUCCCUCUGGAGGCCUUUAAAUGCCCCCUUUAAGACUUUUGCUCUGGAACUAGACAGGCAUACCUGAAUUGGGUGGGGGGCAUGGGACAUGCCAGCCCUCCCCUCAUUGUUGGGGAAAGGACAACAGUUUGCCACCUUCUGGGACUUGACAACCCCCCUCCCCAUUUUACUCCCUGGACUCACUAGUUGAAGGCAACCUGUAUGUAUUCCAGAGCCUGGGGGGGGGGAGAGAGAAACUGUUGUUGCUGUUGAGAAAUUACUGUUGUUCUAAGCUUUAGAUCUUUAUUAUAAUAGCUU